UUUGUAUGUGGGUCACUUUUUCUCUCUGCUUCUUGUCUCUUUUUGCUCGACUUUUUUUUCUUUUCAUUUUUUGGCUCCAUUAUAAUUGCCUCACUGUAGUUCUUACUCAUAUGAAAAACCCAGAACCCAGAUCCAACCUUUGUGUAUUUCACUUAAGAUUUGCUGCAAUUGCUGGGUUUCUUCUCCUUAAGAGCAUUUGAGUGUUUCAUCUUAUGCAACUAUUGGCUCUGAUCACAUGAUAAGGCAGACUAAGCUUAGCUAAGAUCACUCGAUGUUGGGAUGAAAGUCUAAAGAUUAGUUUUUUGGAGGGUUUGAUUCUUGAAAGUUAUGGCAAUGCGUUGAGUUUUGGGCUUGUGAGUGACAAACAAGGAACUUUAAAAGUACCUUAGGAUUUGGAGAGAUGGAAGAAAUACAAUCUCAAUCAGAUAACUAUAGGUCCUCGUCGUCUUCAGCUAGUAGCCCGGCAAGUAGAGUGCCUUCGAGCAAUUUCUUCUACUUAAGAAAACCGGGUGCAUUUAGACAGCCGAUUUCAUUUGAGGACUCACCCGACUGGGAAGAUACGGAUAUUGAAGUGAAAGUGGACGAAGGGGGAGCCGACUCAAUUAAUGCUGCUACUGCUCCUGUCUCCCCUUCUCUCUCAAAGAUCAAUAGUGGCUCACUUCCAUCACCCCCUCUGCCCGAGGGUGCUAAUGUUGCACGAAAGACUGCAGGGGCCUCAAUUGCGUGGAAGGAUUUAACAGUCACUAUAAAGGGUAAAAGAAAGUACGCUGACAAGGUCGUUAAGAGCUCAAAUGGGUAUGCGUUCCCGGGAACAAUGACAGUAAUCAUGGGUCCUGCAAAAUCGGGCAAGUCGACGCUCUUAAGAGCUCUUGCAGGGAGACUGCCUGAUUCAGCUAGAAUGUAUGGCGAGGUAUUUAUCAAUGGCGUAAAAUCACGCAUGCCAUAUGGUGCAUAUGGAUUUGUGGAAAGAGAAAGCACACUUAUUGGAUCAUUGACUGUGCGAGAGUAUCUUUACUACUCAGCAUUGCUCCAGCUUCCGGGCUUCCUUUGUAAGAAGAGGAGUGCAGUGGAGGAUGCCAUCCAUGCCAUGUCAUUAGGGGAUUAUGCAAAUAAGCUCAUAGGUGGGCACUGUUAUAUGAAGGGUCUUCGCAGUGGCGAGAGAAGACGAGUGACAAUCGCCAGGGAGCUUGUCAUGAGGCCGCAUAUCUUAUUUAUUGAUGAGCCCCUGUAUCAUCUCGACAGCGUAUCAGCACUUCUAAUGAUGGUUACCCUGAAGAAGCUUGCAAGCACGGGAUGCACUCUAAUAUUUACCAUUUACCAGAGCAGUACGGAAGUGUUUGGCCUUUUCGAUAGGAUUUGUCUUCUCUCUAAUGGAAACACAUUGUUCUUUGGGGAAACACUUGCUUGUUUGCAGCAUUUCUCAAAUGCUGGAUUUCCUUGCCCGAUCAUGCAAAGUCCUUCCGACCACUUUCUGAGAGCCAUAAAUACAGAUUUUGAUAGGAUUAUUGCAAUGUGCAAAAACUGGCAGGACGACCAUGGGGAGCUUUCAUCAGUUAAUAUGGACACUGCUGUGGCGAUACGCACUCUUGAAGCAACGUAUAGAUCAUCCGCAGAUGCUGCUGCUGUCGAGACUAUGAUUUUGAAGCUCACUGACAAGGAAGGUCCACUUCUCAGAAGCAAAGGCAGGGCAAGUUGUUGCACCAAGAUUGCAAUAUUGACUUGGAGAUCUUUGUUGAUUAUGUCAAGGGAGUGGAAGUAUUAUUGGCUUCGUCUAAUUAUAUACAUGUUUCUGGCGCUCUGUAUUGGUACGGUAUUCUCUGGUCUGGGGCACUCAUUAUCUUCAGUCGUGACUAGAGUUGGAGCUAUAUUUCUAUUCGUAUCAUUUACAUCGCUUCUGAGCAUAGCUGGUGUCCCUGCACAGCUCAAAGACAUCAAGAUAUUCAUCUGUGAAGAGGCAAACCAGCACUCUGGGACGUUGGCCUUUCUAGUCGGACAGUUUUUCUCAAGUAUCCCAUUCUUGUUUCUCCUCUCCGUCUCAUCGAGUUUGGUCUUCUAUUUCCUAGUCGGGCUGAGGGACGAUUUCAGCCUGUUGAUGUACUUUUCCCUGAACUUCUUCAUGUGCCUUAUAGUUAACGAGGGACUGGUGUUACUCGUUGCUUCAGUCUGUCGAAACACAUUCUGGAGCAUCAUAAUAUUGGUGAAUAUACACAUGGUAAUGGUCCUUUCAGCCGGACUCUAUAGGAUACGGAGUGCGUUGCCACGGGUAGUGUGGAUGUAUCCUACAUCAUACGUCGCUUUCCACACUUACUCUAUCCAGGGGCUGUUGGAGAACGAGUACAGUGGGGAAUUGUUCGCGGUGGGGCAGGUGAGGUCGUUAUCAGGUUAUCAGGCCCUCCAGAACGUAUACGAUGUAUCGGCUGACAGCAACUCCAAGUGGGAGAAUUUGUUGAUACUGUUCCUCAUGGCGGUUGGUUAUCGCCUUCUUGUUUUCGUUUUGCUGCAGUUUCGAGUUAGAAAGGUCUUGUUUUCUCGUUGCAGUUCUUGUUGUAGUAAAAACACCAACAAUCCCAGAUAAAAAAAAAACCAUCUUUUGUUGCCUUUCCUUGAAGAGGUAAACUCUUUUUUGAUCGUCUGAAUAUAGAAAUUAUGGAUAGAUUCGAACUGAAUCUGUAUAUUUUUUGUUUUCUGAUUUGGGAUGUGCGGAUAUUAUUCUUGGACAAACGUUUGAGAAAUGGGAUUUUCUUGAAAUAUGA